CAACACUUUGUUGAGUGUUUACAGGGGAAAGGUAGGAGGACAAAAAGUACAAUGGCAGAGACAAGCCAACAGCGGAGAUACGAUUUGAAACGGAGAGGAUCUUUUUAGAGUACAGACAGCCAGCGGGGGCUGGACAUCUGUGUUUUUGAUUAGCCUUCCGAUAAACCUGCCUGUUUCCUGCACAUGUACUGUGGGGCAGAGGGAAAACAGAUGCGCUCUCUGUCAGGACCCCAGAAGAUGAGUGAAUACAGACAGAGCUGUAAUGUCGCACACAACUUUCAACCCGAGCUUCUAAAGUGAGCAAAACAAAACAAAACCCAAGGGUUGGAAAGAGCGGUUGACCUGCUGUUCUGACGGAAAGAUGGACAAGGAUGAUAAGAAGCCAAAGACAUACGUUUCCACCUUCCGGCUGGCCCUGAAGCCUCAGGGAGGGAAGAAGAAAGAGAAUGGACUGGUCACCGCAAACAGGACGGUGACAGGAAACAACAAGCUGAGAUGUGCAUCUGCAGCAGGUGUCAAACAGGGAAACGUUCAGAGCGUGGAAGCCCCCAAGUUUAAGGAACCCAUCAGGGAUGGCUCGGUCCCUGUUGGAGGCGACGUCACGUUUCAAGGUGUUAUCACAGGAACGCAGCCGUUGAACGUUUCCUGGCUGCACAAUGGUGUUGCUGUAACUGCAAGUAAGACUUCCUUGAAAAAUAGUGUUGCCAGUCUGAGCCUGACGCAGUGUUUGAACAGACAUGCUGGAGAGUAUACCUGCAUGGUUGAAAACAGCGCCGGGAGGGCAUCCUGCCGCGCUCUGCUGCAAAUUACAGGUCAAGGAGCAGGGACAAAGGAAAUCCCAACAUCAAGCAACCAUGAACUGCCCAAUGACGUCGCGUCGAAAUCAGAGUCUCCCGAAAACGCUGACGAGGAAAGGCAACGCAGGGAAGAAAAGGACAAAGUUAGCAGAGGCUGCAGACAACAAACAAAAGCUCCCACAAGCAAAGGGCCUCCAGUGAAGUUUCUAGACCCACCAGAGAAGUUGGAGGUUUGUGUGGGUCAGCAGGCUCGGCUACAGUGUGAGUUCAAGAGCAGCUCUCUUCCAGUGGCCUGUUGCUGGAUUUACAACAAAGCCAAGGUGGUGUCCGGAAGUUCUCGAGUAACCGUGAGGAAUCAGGGGACCCAGAGCAGUUUGAUUGUCUCACAGGCCGUCCCAGAAGACACGGGCUCGUACACUGUGAUCGUACGAAACAGACACGGCUCUGCUCAGCACACGGUGUCACUCAGUGUCAUAGACCGACCCACGCCCCCAUCAUCCCAACCUGUUGCUUCCAGGGUUUCGACCCAAUCCCUGGUCCUUUCCUGGACGGGCCCCAGCUACGACGGAGGCAAAGCGGUAUCAGGCUACAUCGUAGAGGCCCUUCAAGACGGCGCUAAAGAGCCUGGGAGCUGGACUGAAAUAAGCCGAUGUAAAAACACGUCGUACCACAUUCGCUCAGGGUUGGAGCCUCUCGGCCAGUACAAGUUCAGGGUGCGAGCCGUGAACGCAGCAGGCACCAGCGAACCGAGUGAGGAGUCUCAGUACGUCAAGAUGGCGGCCACAAAGGAGGAGAGGAAAGAUGAGCCCGACUCGUAUGUGACUGUGACUAUUGACACCAAACACAAAGUCAGGGACCACUAUAAUGUGCACGAAAAGCUGGGAGUCGGGAAGUUUGGAGAGGUGUACCGGGUGACUCACAAGGAGACUGGCAAAGAGUUUGCAGUUAAGUUCUACCGGGCCCGGACCUCCAAGGACAAGUCAGAAGCUCGCAAAGAGAUAACUCUAAUGAACAAGCUUCACCACCCGAAGAUAGUCCAGUGUCUGGCUGCGUACGAAGUCCGUCCAGAGUUGGCCAUGGUCAUGGAGUACAUCGCAGGAGGGGAACUCUUUGAACGUAUCGUGGAUGAAAACGUGGAGCACACAGAAAUCACCAGCGCUCGCUACGUGCAGCAGAUCCUGGAGGCCAUGCAGUACGUGCACAAGCAGAACAUCGUCCACCUGGACCUGAAACCGGAGAACAUUGUCUGCGUGGACACCUCCAGCACCAAGAUCAAGAUAAUUGACUUUGGCUUGGCCCGCGAACUAGAGGAGGGUAAACCUCUGAUGGUGAUGCACGGCACUCCAGAGUUUGUUGCCCCUGAGGUUAUCAACUACGAGCCUGUCGGAUUAGAGACGGACAUGUGGAGCAUCGGAGUCAUCUGCUUCAUCUUGCUCAGCGGAGAAUCCCCCUUCCAGGGAAACAACGAUGCGGAGACUCUCGCUCUGGUGACGGCGGCCAGCUUUGAGUUUGACCCGGCAAGUUUUGAAGACAUCUCCAAUGAGGCAAAGGACUUUAUCAGCUCCCUGCUGAAGAAAGACCGAAGAGCCAGGUUGUCGUGUAAAGAGGCCCUCUCCCACUCCUGGAUGGCUUCUUUUACCCCUCUGACCCGCAGGCCCACCAAGUCUCUGAAUAAAGAGAAGAUGAAGCGCUUUCUAGCGAGACGCAAGUGGAAGAAAACUGGCCAAGCGGUUCUGGCCCUGAACCGGAUGGCUAACCUCACCAACAGGCCGGAUUCUCCUGGCAGCUCCUCAGAGGAGCCAGUGUGGAGCCGUGAGGCAGAGGAGGCCAUCCAGUCGCUGGACAAGCAGCUGGAGACUGAGCCGCACUUCCGGCAGGCCCUGAAGGACAUCGCCCUUCCCAAGGGAGAGACUGCUCAGCUGACAUGCCUGGUUGAUGGUUACCCACAGCCAGAGGUGAAGUGGCUUCGUGACGAGGAGCCGCUGUGUAUCUCGAGCAGAGUGAGGAUGCAGCAGGACGAAGACGGGCUCUGCUCUCUGGUUGUGGCCGACCUGGGACCCUCUGAUUCAGGGGUUUACAUGUGCACAGCCCAAAACAAGCUCGGGGAGGCAAUGUGCUCUGCAAAACUGACCGUCGAACUGUGAGAAAAUGUGGACUAGUAGAUUUGUUUUGUGGUUUAUGCCACAACAUGCACGCAGGUUAUUCCAGAGCACGCAAAUGGCUGACGUCGCGACUGUUUUGUAUGAAAGUGCUGCUAUUGUUAGAAGGAAAUUACUUUACAAACUCACUUCUAGACGUCCACGAUUAUAAUCCCAAGACACGGUUGAUAUUGUUCACUUUUUAGGCACAAGGUGAAAUGUUGAGAGUUGAUCUGAGUUUUAGGAAUGGCCCAACAGCCACGCAUAUUGUAUUUUAUAUUGUUUACAUGUUUUAUAAAAAGACUAAAAUUAAAGACUUUUUAAAAGAACA